AUGUGGGUGUGCCUCUCUCUGGCCCUGCGGAUCCUGAGCCUGGUAGUGUCUGAUGCCGCCACUGGCAAACCUCCACACUCACUCACCUACUCAAUCAAUCAAUCAAUUCACAAUCAAGGCUGUUUGUUGCAGACAGACCUGGCAGUAGGGGGCGCUCUAUGGUUCUCUGACCUGACAUUGCCUGACUCCACUUGGAUCAUACCCGUCUCCCUGGGCCUCAUCAAUUUGCUCAUGCGGAGGAUAGAGGCAUCCAGGUUCCAGAAGUAUGUAACCAACUUUAUCAGAGGGAUCUCUCUGGUGAUGAUACCCAUAGCUGCCACCGUGCCCUCAUCCAUGGCUCUGUACUGGUUGAGCUCCAUUUGUGUGGGACUGGGACACAAUCUGCUCCUGCGCUCACCUCGCCUCCGGAGGCUGUGCCACAUCCCCUCCACGCGCCCCGACUCAGACACGCCUUAA